AUGAGUCAGCUACUUCUGGCCGCGGUCACGUUUGGGUCGUUUCUUCAUCCCGUCGAGUCGGUGCGGAUUCCACACAGCAAGCGCCACCGGCAGGUCGGCUCUCCCAGAGAUCUCAGAGGAAGCGGGCUGCCGGCGAGACGAGGUCCUCCAGAAAAUUGGGAGGGCAAGAUUCCCCUCAUUGUCACCAACAAAUGCGAGUCGACGAUUUGGCCCGGUAUCGCCACUCAGUCCGGCACCGGCCCCGGCACCGGCGGCUUUGCUCUGGAGCCCGGGACGAACAAGACGCUUUGGGUCAGUCCCGAAUGGCAAGGCCGUGUGUGGGGGCGCACCAACUGUACUGUAAAUGGAGACUCGUGCGCUUGCAAGACGGGAGACUGCUUCUCCAAACUCGACUGCGAAUUCAGCGGAGCACCCCCUGCCACCCUUGCCGAGUUCAACCUCGCCGGCGGCGUGACGGGCAUGCAAACCUUUUACGACAUCUCCCUCGUCGACGGGUACAACCUACCCAUGGGCAUCAACUAUAUCCCGGCGAAAAACACGACGUAUAUCCCGCCCAACCUCACCAACUGCGCUUGCGUGGCAACGAGCGGCUGGUUAUACACCAAGGCCCAGACCGGGACGUUUUACGCCAACUCGACGUAUCCGAUUCCCCUGGAACCAGAUGAGACAAAUGACAGCGUCGGUAGCUGGUGUCCAUGGCCGAACCUCGCUUUUCCUCCUACCAAGCCCGGGGAUGGCAUCUACCCCUACCCCGAUGACAAGAUUCAGCGUCCGGCCUUUUCUCCCUGCAAGAGCGCCUGCGCGGCCACCGGGUCCGACAAAGACUGUUGCGUGGGCAAAUAUCACGACCCCAAGAUCUGCAAGCCAUCUCUGUACAGCAAGUCGGUCAAGGCCGUGUGCCCCGACGCUUACAGCUUUGCCUUUGAUGACCAGCAAUCAACUUUUAUCAUUCCGAAGGGCGGCGGCUGGGAGGUGGUCAUGUGUCCGGCUGGACGCUCGACUAAUAUCCUGCGCCAGCUAGGCAAGGAGCUGUUUGAGAUUGCCAGCGGCGGGCGGCUGUCGGAGCUGUCUAUGAAGCGGCUGCGCAACGUCACCUAUAUCGAAGCUGACAAGGAGGGAGCUGCGAGCAGGGGACGGCCGCUUGGCACGGCGACGACCGGUGUCGUUGCCGCCGCCGCCGCCGCUUGGCUUGCCCUGUGA